GCCGGUCAAGGGAAGUGCGACGUGUCUGCGGGAGCCUUUUUAUACCUCCUUCCCGGGAGUCGGGCCCCAGCAGCCGCCGCACUCUCAGAGUCCCCGCACCUCCGCUCCCGGGAGUCGAGCUCCGAGUGUCCGCCGCGCAGCGUCCAGUCCGCCAGCAUGUCGGGGAUCAAGAAGCAGAAGACGGAGAGCCAGCAGAAAUCCACCAACGUCGUCUAUCAGGCCCACCACGUGAGCAGGAACAAGAGAGGGCAGGUGGUUGGCACGAGGGGCGGAUUCAGAGGAUGUACCGUGUGGCUGACAGGUCUCUCCGGUGCUGGAAAAACCACGAUCAGUUUUGCUCUGGAAGAGUACCUGGUCUCUCACGCCAUCCCGUGCUACUCCCUCGAUGGGGACAAUGUACGUCACGGCCUUAACAAAAACCUUGGAUUCUCCCCCGGGGACAGAGAAGAAAAUAUUCGCCGGAUUGCCGAGGUGGCCAGGCUGUUUGCCGAUGCUGGUCUGGUCUGCAUCACCAGCUUCAUUUCUCCUUUCACCAAGGAUCGUGAGAAUGCCCGCAAAAUCCAUGAAUCUGCAGGACUGCCAUUCUUUGAAAUCUUUGUGGAUGCCCCUCUAAGCAUCUGUGAAAGUAGAGACGUGAAGGGCCUCUACAAGCGAGCCCGAGCCGGGGAGAUCAAAGGGUUCACGGGUAUUGAUUCUGAUUAUGAGAAACCCGAAACUCCCGAGCGGGUGCUGAAAACCAACUUGUCCUCAGUGAGUGACUGUGUCCAGCAGGUGGUGGAGCUCCUACAAGAGCAGAACAUUGUACCCCACACGAUCAUGAAAGGCAUCCAUGAGCUCUUCGUGCCAGAAAACAAACUUGACCAAGUCCGGGCUGAGGCCGAAGCUCUCCCUUCGUUAGAAAUUACCAAGCUGGAUCUUCAGUGGGUCCAAGUUUUGAGCGAAGGCUGGGCCACUCCCCUCAAAGGUUUCAUGCGAGAGAAGGAAUACUUGCAGGCCAUACACUUUGAUACCCUGCUGGAUGACGGAGUGAUCAACAUGAGCAUCCCCAUUGUACUGCCUGUCUCUGCGGACGAUAAGACGCGGCUGGAGGGGCGCAGUGAGUUUGUCCUGACAUAUGGUGGACGGAGAGUGGCUAUCUUACGAGACCCUGAAUUCUACGAACAUAGAAAGGAGGAGCGUUGUUCCCGUGUGUGGGGGACAAUGUGUGCAAAACACCCCCAUAUCAAAAUGGUGAUGGAAAGUGGGGAUUGGCUGGUGGGUGGAGACCUGCAGGUGCUGGAGAGAAUAAGGUGGAAUGACGGGCUGGACCAGUACCGCCUGACGCCUCUGGAGCUCAAGCAGAAAUGUAAAGAAAUGAACGCUGAUGCGGUGUUCGCGUUCCAGCUGCGCAACCCCGUCCACAAUGGCCACGCUCUGCUGAUGCAGGACACCCGCCGCAGGCUGCUGGAGCGGGGCUAUAAGCACCCCGUGCUCCUGCUGCACCCUCUGGGGGGCUGGACCAAGGACGACGACGUGCCCCUGGAGUGGCGGAUGAAGCAGCAUGCGGCGGUGCUGGAAGAAGGGGUCCUGGACCCCAAGUCAACCAUCGUUGCCAUCUUCCCGUCCCCAAUGCUGUACGCUGGCCCCACAGAGGUCCAGUGGCACUGUCGGUCCCGGAUGAUUGCAGGGGUCAAUUUCUACAUCGUGGGCCGGGACCCUGCAGGCAUGCCCCACCCCGAGACCAAGAAAGACCUGUAUGAACCCACUCACGGAGGCAAGGUCUUGAGCAUGGCCCCGGGCCUGACCUCGGUGGAAAUCAUUCCAUUCCGCGUAGCUGCCUACAACAAAGCCAAAAAAGCCAUGGACUUCUAUGACCCGGCAAGGCACGACGAAUUUGACUUCAUCUCUGGGACACGAAUGAGGAAGCUGGCCCGGGAAGGAGAGAACCCUCCAGAUGGCUUCAUGGCGCCCAAAGCAUGGAAAAUCCUGACAGACUAUUACCGGUCCCUGGAGAAGAACAACUAAGUGCCCUCCGGCUCCACAGUUUCUUCUCGAAGUGCUCUUGGGUUCUUUUUCCUAUUUUUGUGAUUACAUGCUUUGUACACAAUUGCUUCUCAGUGAUCGAUUUUCAUGUUUUAUAAUGAGGUAAAAAUUGUGUCUAUAAUUUAAAGUCAACUUCAAUAAUAUAUAAAAGAAAGUCCGAAUGAAGACCACCUCUUAGCAGGUGCAAGCAGUACUGUUAUUUCAGAAUGAAAUUGUGUUCUCUACUGCGUCUGAUUACGUAGGUUCCCAGGUUUCGGAAAGCUUUGACCGUGUGUCUAAGUUUACUUGCCAAGAAGUAAAGCGUAUUUUCCAGCUUAAGUCUUGCCCAGUGUCACACAGUAACACGAACCAGACUGAGCAACCUCUUCUGUACAACUGACUUAAGGGGGGAAAAAAAUUCUCACCCCUAAACGAGGUGUGGCUCACAUGAAGACUCUCGCUAUUUCACCUCCUGCCUCCCGCCCCGUCUCCUAAGGGGCUCAAGCCACACCUCGGAUCUAUGCAACCUAGUUCGGCUGAGAAAGUUAUGUUUUCUAAGAAAGGAGGGAGGUCUUACCACCCUUCUGUGACUAGAACUCCAGUUCAACGGUGAUUUUUCAGUUGCAGAACACAGGAUGCUUUGAGGAAAAGAUUGGCACCCAAGGUUCAGACGAUCUGGGAUUGUUGUGGGAAGUUAAUUUUUCUCUUUGAUAUGGUCACUGUGUCCUGGGAGAAGCAGCUUCGGGCCAAACCAGUCCAGACCAUCAGACUAGCAAGCUGCUGGAAUGGGGAAAAGACCCCAGAAGCCCUUCGGUCUCCCAGGGGUCCCCACCAGAUGAUGCCUAGCGCCUGCUUCGGGAGCGGCUGAGCACGGUCACAAACUCUCACAGUUGGCAUCGUUAGAAAGUAGUGGUGACACCCGACGGGCUUGCUGCCGCCGCUUGACCUGCAGUCUGGGGCUCCGUCUACACUGUAAAACACAGGGGCUGCCUCUGGCCCCCCUCAGUUGCUUAGCAAAGCUCCUUGCACGGAAGGCACUUACGAAGCAGUCUUCUUGGAUGCCAGAAGGUCCAGAGUUUUCUAAACCCAGCGGAUCUUAGUGCAGCUGGAGAAAAUACUUUUCCAAAGACUCAUGCUGUGCCGAGACAUCUAACCUCUGAUGGCUUUACUUCUUGGGAGGUGAUCUUUGUACUUUAUACAUAAUUCCUUGUUGCUAAAGAAUAUAUGAAGAAACCGUACCUUUUAUAGCUAGGUCUCUCUGGAAGAGACUUAAACUGUAAAGAGAAAACUGUGAUUUUUUUUUUUUUUUUGAGAAAAUGCUAAUCUUAGCUACUGAAAGUUCUUUUGAGAGUAAAUUACACACAAUGGCCACAGCAAAGCGUAACUGCCUUGACUAGUAUAGUGCCUAUGUUGAUUUAAUCAGAGGUACUCAGUACUGCCUUUUUAAAGAACAGUGUAUUUAUUGAAAACAUGAGAUGGAAUGUAGUGCCUUAAUCAAUAUAUUUUGUGAUUUUUUAAGAUAUAUUUAAAACUGCUUUUCUGCACUUAAUAAUACUGAGUGCAAAGGACUAUUUCUAUGUAAUAAACUUCUCAAAAUGAA